UUUUAAAUCCAAACAACUAAACAUUUAUUAAAAAAGAAAAAAAUGAGUAAAGAAAUGAUGGAUAAAGACAAUGAAAAAGGUGUCCAACGAAAGGAUGAUAAAGACAAGUGGUGUUGGACUCGAUUAGCUGAGGCUAAGAGUAAAAACAAAGGAAAUUGUAAGAAAUUGAUGAGUGAAUGCAUUCAAAUCCUCAUCGAGUCGUGUGUUUCAAUUGUUAUGUUCAUAUGUGAGAAUUUAAUCGGAAUUGUAUUUCUUAUACUAAGCAUCGUAUACCUGAAUGACUGUCCCGUUAGUAAAGUGCUUCCAAUCAGUUUACUGGUAUACGGUAUAUCCAGUCUUGCAAAUGGCAUAAGUAUCCAAAUAGUUCGGUCCAAAUGUCUGAAUAUCAAUGACCCGAAAGACGGUUUUGCGACUUUAACUAAACUCGUGUUUUUUAUUUCAUUAUUUGUAAUGCUAUUCACUUUUAUUAUUGCGGCGAUUGCUGUCUACGGAUCAAUGGAUUUGGUGGUCACAAGAAAUGAGAGUUCAGAAAAUUAUUGCAAUUAUUUUUACUAUUGGUUUGCAUUUGCAUUCAUAACAUUUAUUAUUAUCAUAUGCUUAGUGUUUAUUAUAUGCUUCUGUUGUCUCAUUUGCUUUGUUAUGGCUGAAGUCGACACUCAAGAAGUGCAGAUUGAAAGUCAAACAACACAUGUUGUGGUCAUUCAUGAAACUGAUGAUAAUUAA